AUGCCAUCAACACUGCCGCGGCCGCCGUACGACGUCGAGCUCGAAAUGGCAUUAGCUGCAACUCCGAUCCCUCAUACAAUAACCCAGUCACAUAUCCCACUUCUUCGUGGAACGAAACCCAGUGCCGGCUCAGCUCACAUCAACGCGAACUUUACUCACGAGGAGAUACCACUCAUUCUACCCAAUGGAGAGAUUGUUCUGUCCGUCUGGAGACAUUGUUCUGCCGAUCUCGAGGCAGGAGUUGGCGUCUAUUACAUUCACGGGGGAGGGAUGAUCAUGGGAAAUCGUUUUGCAGGCAUUAGGGAGAUCCUUGACUAUCUUCAAGAACACAAUGCUGUUUGCGUCUCUGUCGAAUACCGCCUCGCGCCGGAAUAUGAAGAUCCCGUCCCGCUCGAAGACUGCUAUGCGGGACUGGUCUGGGUGGCAGAAAACGCUGCGAUUCUAGGCAUUGACCCCGACCGGAUGUUAAUCGCGGGGUCUUCUGCAGGGGGAGGGUUGGCGGCGGGGGUGUGUCUCCUUGCCCGAGACCGGGGCGGACCAAAGAUAAGCGCUCAAAUGCUGCUGGCUCCAAUGCUUGACGACCGCAACGAUACCGUGUCCAGCAAGCAAUAUGAAGAAGAGGGCACAUGGAGCAGGGGAAGUAACUUGCUCGGUUGGAAAUGCCUCCUUGGACAGCGGUUUGGAAGCGAUUCUAUCAGCAUCUACACUUCGCCGGGCCGGGCGGUUGACCUCUUCGGUCUGCCUAUGGCCUACGUUGAUGUUGGUUCUGCAGAAGUCUUCCGAGACGAAGCCGUUGCCUACGCCACAAGGUUGUGGCAUUGCGGCGUCCAGGCUGAGUUACACGUCUGGCCUGGGGCUUUCCAUGCCUUUGAUCUCUUGGCUCCCACGGCAGCGAUCUCGAUUCAGGCGAGAACAGCGAGGAGAGAGUGGAUCCGUCGCGUUAUAUCUCGGUUAGGUAGAACUUCCUGA